GGUUAAGGUCAGGGAGACUUGGUUACCUAGCUAAGACCCAACCGGUCUCUCCUCUCCCCCUCCCCGGUUCCUCCGCGGCUCCGCCUACCGCUCGCCAGUCCCUUGCAUCUGCUGUGCCGGCGACGCGCUCCACUCCGACCCCGCCGCCUCGCUCCCUCUCCGAGCCCGCCGCCGCGCUCCCUCUCCGACCCCGCCGCCGCGCUAGCCGCCGACUGACCGCGGCCACCGCUGCUUGCGCGGCUCGUCGGCAGCAACGUCAAGGAGGUCAUCUUCAACAACCUCCUGUUCGAGGAAAUGGAAAGGGAUUCUGCUGCGGAUUACAGUGAGGUAAAGGCUGUGUUAGGCAGCAAUGAGGAGAAAAAGGCCCAUAAAAGCAAGAAAGACAAGGGGCAGAGAAAGAGGAAGAAAGACAAGGCCAAGGGUCACAGAGGUGAUGGUGAUAGAUUAAUUCAAUCUGACAACAAGAAUCAUAGUGUUGACAUGAAGCAUGCUGAAGUGUCAACCAAGAUGGCUGAAAAACCAUGCUUGGAGAAUACAGAGGUCAUCAUGAGCAAAAGGGAUGUGAAGAAAGACAGGAAGAAAAGGAAGAAAAAUAAAGAGGUUAAUACUAUCAGCCAGAAGCAGAUACUUGAUGCUAAUGAUGGAACCGUUGGGUCAGAGUAUUUAGAAAUGAACAAAGGAGAAGGAGAGCAUGAUAGUAAGUCAAAGAAGGGCAAAAGGAAGCACCGGGAUGGGGAGACUUCCUCAAAUGGUUCUUCUCAUGAUCAAAUUGUUUCAGGGGGUGAUAAAAAGAGGAAAAGGAAGGAACCUUCAAUUACUUUGGAAGAGGGCAAUGAAGUUGACAUUUCAAAGAUCUGGCAAAACACAAAGGGCAAGAAAAAGAGGAGAAAGGAGAGAGAUAAUAUUGGUGUAGACCUAAGUCUGAAUACACCAGCUGGAGAUUGCAAGAAUUACAACAAAGAGAAAAAAACAAGUAAGGAUGACAAUGAUGGUGGCAAAUGCGGAAAAAUUAACAUGGCACAUCAAAAGGACAAGGGUAGACGAGUGAGCUUCACUGAUGAUGUGGAGGUGUUUAAUAUAGAUGGUGGUGAUGAUCAUGAAGAGGGUGAUGGGAUUGGUGAUUCUGGCCUGGUGCAUGGCAAACGGUUUACCCCUGAGGAAGAUGCGAAACUAAUGGAAGCCAUCGUAUAUUAUGCAGAGAUGAAGCAAUUGGGAGACAAAGGUUUAGAGAUGAUUCGUGCUAGCAUGAAACAUCCAGAGAUCAGGGGUUGCUGGGCUGAAAUAGCAACAUCAUUACCUCAUAGACCACAGAUGGCCGUAUACAAACGAGCACGGAUUUUACUUUAUAGAAGUGCGGAACGUAAAUGGACUGAAGAGGAGUACAAAAUAGUUCGACGGUUUGUUGAAAAGAAUGGCACAAGUUGGAAGGAACUGGCAACAGACCUUGGAAAGAGUGAAAUCCAUGUAAAAGAUACAUGGAGACGAAUGAAACCCAAAAAUUUAAAAAAAGGGGCUUGGACUCAGGAUGAAUACCAAAACUUGUUUGAUCUGGUAAAUUUGGACUUGCGUGUGAAAGCUCACCAAAAGAUUGCUCCUAGUCAUCGCCAGCUAAGAGAUAACAUUUCCUGGGAGGCCAUCAGUGAAAAGUUAACGACCCGUAGUAACAAGGACUGCUGCUUGAAGUGGUACCAGCAAUUAGCAUCGCCACUGGUUAAAGAAGGAAUCUGGGCAGAUACUGAUGAUUAUCUGUUGAUGGAAGCGCUUCAAAAGGUUGAUGCUGUUUGUGUUGAAGAUGUUGACUGGGAGAGACUUCUUGAUCACAGAUCUGGGGAGCUUUGCCGUCAACGGUGGAACCAGAUGGUCCGCAUGAUCGGUGGCCACAGAGAGAAGCCUUUUAUCGAGCAAGUGGAAGUGCUUGCAAGGCGGUACUGCCCAGAAAUGCUCGAUUACAGGAAAGCUGAAUCGUCCGAUGAACUUACUGGAGGAUCUGACUAGUGAUGAAGAGCAUAACCCUCUAACUUCUGCAAGGCGGUACUGCCCAGAAAUGCUCGAUUACAGGAAAGCUGAAUCGUCCAAUGAACUUACUGGAGGAUCUGACUAGUGAUGAAGAGCAUAACCCUCUAACUUCUGCCCUGUAAAAUGUUUGGCUUUUGUUGUGUAUGGCAUGUGGAAAUAUUAGCGUUAUAUGGUUCAACCCUCAGCGAAGAAUGCAAAAUGUCGCAUUUUGACCAGAACGAAAUAUAUUGUUUAGGGAUGGGAAGAAAUCUACAUAACCUCCCAACCUAGUACAAGUGGACUACUUAACCCUCAAAAUUUAGAACCAGAUGUUUUACCCACUAA